UUGUCAUAAAGAAAUAACAAUCUAUGGGUAACUUAACUCCAAGUCAUUAUUAGAUUGCAAAAAAAAAAAAAAAUGUUUCGUAUUAUUUCACAAUAAUCUGAAUAGUUUCUUCACUUAAUAAGUAUUUGAUAAAAGCGGCAAACAUCUUAUACAAAUCGUAUAAAACGUAGCCUCCCACAGAGCUUUGCUCACUUCUUAUCACAAUACCGUAUUGACCACUUCGGGAAGUCUAUUUCUUUCGUUAAAAAAGACCUAAGUAAAAUGGCAUCGAAGACAAAUAAUAAUGACUUUAAUGCCGAUGAACUGGUAGCGCCAGAGUGGCUAAAUGCAGAGUUCUUACGGGAUGUAUUAAUAAAGCAUUUAAAGGCGCCAGAAUUGAAAGUUUUGGAUGUUGUGAUGUCUCCAGCGAGUGCUAAAGGAGAUCACUAUGCAAGUGUGAUGUUCCGUUCAAAAGUUGUGUUCGAAACCCAAAAAGGAAAAUUCUCGAAAUCGUUAAUUAUCAAGACCAUGCCCGAACAGGAGGGUCAUAAAAAAGAAAUGCUGAGUAAUUCUCACAUCUUUGAAACAGAAAUUGGCAUGUACACCAAAGCGUUGCCCAAGUUUGAGGAGAUUUUGCGGCAGUCUGGAGAUGAGACUAAGUUAUGCACGCAAUGUUUGUAUCAUAGUUUGGAGCCACGACAAGUUAUGAUUUUCGAUGAUCUUGUAGUGGAGGGUUACACGGUCAUAAGAGAUCGGAGAGCGACUAUCGAGGAGUUAAAGGCUGCUUAUACAAAAUUGGCUAAGAUUCAUGCAGUGAGCUUUAAGAUUCUAAAUGAGAAUCCCGAUUACCUUAAAGAAUUUAAAAAUUCAAUAACUUCCAUGCCUAAUAUUUUGACUGACCCUUUUAUGACAUCGGGAAUUACCAAUUUCCUGGGUCUAAUUGAUUCGGUUCCAGAGUUUGCCAAAUAUAAGCCCUAUUUUAGAGGCAUUGAGAAAGAUAUUGUUCAACAAUUUAUUGAUAUCAUAGAUGAGUAUAGAUCAAAUCGUCAAUCGGAUGGUUAUUAUAUUUUGUGCCAUGGGGACUUCCAUUUACGUAAUAUGAUGUUUAAGCAUAACUCAACUGGUGGCCUGGAAGAUUGUAUGCUUCUGGAUUAUCAAAUGAGUAAUGUUUGUCCACCAUCCGUCGAUAUCCUUUACUCUAUUUAUAUGCUAAUGGGUCCGGAUGAACGUCGAAAUCAUCACAAGGAACUUAUUAACUUUUACUUCAACACGUUCGUCGAGACUUUAGAAAAAAUUGGUUUUAAGGGUGAGCUACCGAAUUAUGUGGACUUUUGGCGACAAUUAUACCGUCAUAAAAUUUUUGAAAUGUUUUACCUUACAUUGUUGCCAAUGCCAUUUGCAGCCGAGGCAAGAGACAUCGAUCUUUCUCAGAUGAUGACGAGCAAUGAAGUUCGUAAAAAAGCUUUUUUUCAUCGAAAAAUAUGUUGAAGAAGUGAAGUAUUUGCUUCCCAGAUUUGAAAAGUUGGGUUACUUCAAAUAGUGUUUACCACAUUUGUAAAUUAUUUAAUGAAUUACUAUUUAAAAAAGUAAUAAAUACACUUAUGAUAAAUCCUUACUUUGUCAUCUGAAUAUAGGCUUGGCUUAUCGUCCCAUUUUUCUUUUCAAUGUUUAGAUAGGGGAAUUGAAUACUUAAAGAUAAGUUAUCUUCAAACCAACAACUCUAAGAAAAACCAUUUAAUUCUUAAAUCGAUUACAAGAUACGCCUUGCCAAUUGGCUUGCAAUCACAAUACUUAUCAGACACCAAAGCAAAACACAUAAUCUGUACACACAUAUAUU